CAGCUGUGCUUAUUAAACACAGCUGGAAAUAAACAUGUGUGUUAUAUAGAGUUUUGUUUAUAAAAUAUUUUUGGUCGAGCAAGUGUUUUCCCUUUAAAAGUACAUAAAUAUGGCUGAUGAGAAAUUGGAUUUGCAGAAAACGUGGACAGAUGAGGAGCGUUUAGCUUUGGCCGCAAAAUUGGAUGAGGAAUUAGAUGCGUUCAUUGAUGGUUUGGAGAAGAAACGCUAUGAGGAAGGUUGGCCAGAGGAUCGUUGGCAAGAAGAAAUGGACAAGCAUCCGUUCUUUAUGAAAAAAGCACCGCAACCUGGCGACGAUGUGCAUCCCAUGUUCGAGGGUCUGCAAAAGCUGAAGUACGAUCCAGAGGAAAACACAGCGGAGGAACUGGCACUUAAUUAUAAGGAGGACGGCAAUUUUUAUAUGAAGCAUAAAAAAUUUCGUACUGCAAUUUAUAGUUUCUCGGAGGGCUUGAAAGCCAAAUGUGAUAAACCGGAAGUUAAAUCUGUGCUAUACAACAAUCGUUCUGCUGCACAUUUCUUUCUAAAAAAUUACCGUUCGGCACUCAUGGACGCGCAAAAGGCAUUGGAAUAUAACGCAGAAUAUGCCAAAUCGCGUUGGCGCGCGGCACAGUGUGCCUUUUAUUUGGACAAGUUCGAACUAUGUGCCCAAUUAUGUGAAGAGCUACUGAAACAAGAUGCAAAUAAUAACGAAGCACGCGACUUGUUAAAAAGGAAUAAAACGAAAAAGCUGGAAAUUGAACGAGAUCAACGCAAAGAAGCUGCAGAGGCAAAGAAACGCAUUGUGAGCUUUCAACGGCUAACUGAAGCACUAAAGGCACGCGACAUUAAAUUCGAUGAUGUAAAAAAUAAUAAACCCAUAACGGAGGAAUUGUUGCGGCCAAAAUUUCUGCCAUUAGAAGAUCAUCCAGUUCAUUUGGAUAGUGACAAUGAGACGCUUGUGUGGCCAACAGCCUUUUCAUAUCCAGAAUUUUUAUUUAGCGAUUUUCAGCAACAGCUGUCGGAGCAUGUGGUUAUGGAAGAUUGUAUCAACGACAUGUUUAAAGAGCCACUGCCAUGUGACAAAACGAAUAGCUAUCGACCUGGCAAUUUAAACAUUUACUACGAGAACCGUAAAGUGGGAUGCGUGCAUAAAGUGGAUUUAAAUAAAACUAUAAAGGAGAUUCUAAACGAAAAGGGCUUCUUUGUUACUGGCGGCUCGCUGCUGUUUUAUGUUGUACCAAAGAAUUCUCAGGUCGAGCGCGAAUUCGUUAAUCAACAAAGAAGACCAUUGAUUUAUGCGUGAGAGUGAACACGUUAAUUGUAUGUUGAAAUUGCGGGAACGAGUUCAUGUAUAUAGCAUUUGUAAACAAUAAAGUAAUUGUAUUUUAUGUACAGUAGUA